ACAAGGCGGGGCCAAUCUUUAUUUAAGAUUGAAAAUGAAUGGUGCAUUUGUGACUUCACUUCCUGAACCACCAAUCCUUUCACUGUUUUUAUAUCUCUUUUGACUCUGUUCUUUCGAUACUCUCCUCACUUCCAAAUCAUAUCUUCCACUCAUCGGCGGUGGUGAUGGCCCUCCGAGCUUCCGCCACCGCUAGCCUCAACCACCACUCUCCGCCACCCCCCUCACCCAAAUACCUCAUCCCUUUCAAACCCACACCCAAAAUCCGACCCGAUUCUUCUUCUCUCUCCCUCUCCACUUCCACCACUCUCUCCCUCUUGGCUCUCUUCACUGCCCCCAUUGAAGCUAAUGCCCUCGCUAUUUCCAAAGACGACAUCGUUUCAUCCAUAACUCAAGUGGAAGAGAAAAUCGACCAGGUUCAGAAGGUGGGUUCGGAUGUCUUUGAGCUCACAGGGAAUGUGAUUAAAACGGUGUCGGAUUUUCUGAAGCCGGCGAUGGAUGUGGCAAUGCCAGUGUUGAAGCAGGCGGGAGGAGAGGCGGUGAAGAUUGCUACGCCGGUGAUUACAGAGGCAUCGAAGAAAGCACAAGAAGCGAUUCAGAGCUCCGGGUUUGAUACUGAGCCGGUUUACAGUGCUGCUAAGACAGUAGCAGAUGCAGCACAGCAAACAGGGAAAGUGAUCCAGGAUGCCAAGCCGAUUGCGUCAACUACGGUCGAGACCAUCUCGUCAGCUGAUCCGACCACCAUUGCUGUCACUGGUGGAGUUAUAGUCCUCGCGUAUUUUCUACUGCCGCCUGUCUUUUCCGUCAUCUCUUUCAACCUUCGUGGGUACAAAGGUGAACUCACCCCAGCUCAAGUUCUUGAUCUUGUAUCAUCAAACAACUACACUUUGAUCGAUAUCAGAUCGGAAAAAGAUAAGGACAAAUCAGGUGUUCCACGCCUUCCCGCAAACGGAAAAAACAAGAUGAUCGCCGUCCCAUUGGAAGACCUACCAAGCAAAUUAAAAGGCCUUGUUAGAAACACCAAGAGACUGGAAGCCGAAAUCGCCGCAAUAAAGAUAUCUUAUCUAAAGAAAAUCAACAAAGGCUCCAAGAUUGUUAUUCUUGACACGUUCACGGAUUCAGCCAAGAUAGUUGCUAAAUAUUUAACCGCGCUUGGAUUCCAAAACUGUUGGAUCGUGGCUGACGGGUUCUCGGGAAACAAGGGAUGGCUACAGAGCCGGUUAGGAACCGAUUCCUACAAUGUAUCAUUUUCGCGUGUUUUAUCGCCAUCUCGGGUCAUUCCUGCUGUGAGAAGUUUGGGUACUACUAGCUCAACCAAGUUGCUUUCUGAAUGAUUCUUUUUAAUUGUUUCUUUAAACUAUAUGUGUGUAACAAUGGUGUUAAUGUGUAUUUUGUGGUAGAUAAUUUGAAGUGAGUAUAAAGAAAAAUUAUUGUAACCUCAGUUGAAAAGUUAUAGUCCGGUCACUCUUUUUA